UUUAAUUCUCGCGAAAAAGUGAAUAAACAUUAAAAUAAAUAAAAAAUGGAUAUGAGUUUUGAUUUAUAUUACAAUGACGAAAAUAUUGGGGGCAAAAUUGAUGUGCUACGUAUACGAAAAAGCCUUUGUGAUCACUCAAAUCCAUUGGAGCUUCCAAAUGCAAAAUUCAUAAGGUAUUUUCGAUUAAAUAAAGAAGCAUUUUGUUUUUUACUGAAUGAGAUGAAGGAACAUUUCCACAAACAUGUGCGAGGAGCGGCCAUACCUCCUAUAUUAAAAUUAUGCGCAACUCUGCGUUUCCUUGCUGACGGUGGUUAUCAAAAAUGCAGUGGAAAUGAUUUUAACAUUGGAUUGGCGCAACCUACGACAUCUUUAGUAAUUAAAGAGGUUCUAAAUAUAACUGAACAACGUAUUUGUGCCCAAUGGAUUAAAAUUCCAAUGACUGAGGAGGAGCAAAACGCUUCAAAAGUUUCAUUUUAUUCAAAAAGUGCUUUCCCGGAAGUAGUUGGUUGCAUCGACGGGACUCAUGUUCGCAUAAUUUCACCAAGAAAAGAAGUGCAACAUCUUUAUCUUAACAGAAAGGGCUACUACAAUUUAAACGUGAUGAUUCUUUGGGAUUAUAAAAUGUCUAUUCGGUAUGUGGAUGCUAGGCAUGCAGGCGCAAGUCAUGACUCUUUUGUUUUCAAUGUUAGCGAUUUGAAAGUGCAUUUCCAGAACAACAAACAGAAUAACACUUGGAUCUUGGGCGACGCCGGCUAUCCUCUGCACAAGUUUUUAAUGACGCCUUAUCGCUUGGCGGAAGCUUCUUCACCCCAAGCACGCUACAAUACAGUACACUCAAAGGCCCGGAAUAUUGUAGAGCGGACAACUGGUGUACUCAAGAGUAGAUUUCGAUGUCUUUUAUCUGUACGAGGUUUACAUUACACUUCUGAAAAGGCUACGCAAAUUGUGAAUGCUUGUUGCGCAUUUAAAUUAAAUAAAUUCAUUAAAUAACAAUACCACUUCAUUCCAGAAUAAUUAAAAAUAAAAUAAAAAAAUAUUACUUUGUGUCUUAAACAACCAAAAAUAGCAAUUUUGAG